GGAUAUAUCCUCCUCCUCCUCUAUUCAUUCCCAGGUCGCAAGGUUAAAGGUAGCGUGAAUCAGCAUGAGUAAAGUGGUAUUUGUCGGCAAUAUCCCUUACACCAUAGGAGAGGAGCAACUUAUCGACGUCUUCAAAACAGUCGGCAGUGUCGUUGGAUUCAGGUUGGUCUACGACAGAGACACUGGCAAGCCGAGAGGCUAUGGGUUUUGUGAAUUUUCGGAUCACGAAACAGCAGAAUCCGCCGUGCGCAAUCUAAACGGACACGACCUCGGUGGGCGACCACUCCGCAUCGACCUCGCGGAUUCGGACCCCUUCCUCGAAGGCAAGACGACCGUGCGUGGUGAGCUGCUCGAUGGCGGCGAGACGCGCGCGCAAUGGCGCGAACGCAACGACCGCGACCGAGACCGAGACCCGAACGCUUUCCUCCAAAACCUGCCCCAGGGAGUACCCAUCCAGCCUGGAUCGACUGCGCUCGACACGAUAAGUCAGAUGCUCGCGACGACGAACCCGGCGCAAAUUAUAGAGGUGCUCGCGCAGAUGAAGGCCUUCGUCAUAACACACCCAGAUCAGGCCCGAGCACUCCUCGUGGCUCACCCUCAAUUCGGCUAUGCGCUGUUCCAGGCACUCCUGUUGAACAACAUCGUAGACCCUGCCAUCCUACAGCGCAUGCUCCAAGCAACCAACUCCGCCACGCCUUCACAAGCCAAAGCUCCCGCCCCAGUCGCACCACCACCAAUGCACCAGCCCACCCCCCAGCACCAGCCACAGCCCCAACACCCUCCCCCACUGUCUGCCUCCUACUCGCAGGGCCCCCUCCCGUCGCACCCGUCAUUCCCGCCGCAUCUCGCACAGAACAUCCCGCAGACGCACACGCCCGUACACCAUCCGACCCCGCCGAUCCCGCCGCCGUCGAUGUUCCCGCCCCCCAGCGCGCACCUCUCGCACACCCAGGCCCAGGCCCCGCCGUACUACCGCCCGCCACCCCCGCCGAGCAUGCCCCCGCCGGUCUCGCAGGCGCACCCUGCGCAGCCACCGGCCAACCAGGCGGCUGCUCCCGCUCUCGACCCAGCUCAGAGGGACAUGUUGAUGCAAGUACUGAGUUUGACGCAAGAUCAGAUCAACUCGCUCCCGCCCGCCGAGCGCGAACAGAUCCAACAGCUCAGAAAGCAAUUUGGCAUCGCUGUCUGAGCGAUGCCGCCAAAAGCUUUGUCGGAUUCACACCGAGGUUUCAUUGUACAUAUUCUGUAUCUCAGCAUUCUUCAUUCUCUAU